AAAUUGCGCUCAAACAUGCCUCAAACAUUUCACUCUCUCUCUCUCUCCUUCCUCCCUGCUUCUAUAAUUUUCGGUUUUAGGGCUCACUCAUACUCAGAAAAGUCACCGAAAAACCACCAACCCGUCUGCCGCGUCUCUCUCCACCGAGGACCCGCAAUUCCGAAUGAUUUUAAAAGUAGAAAAACCGCAAAUCUACAAUGUGAAGUUGAGAAUCGAAAGACUGAAGAUGAGUUGUUCCUUGAAGCUACGGGAGGGUGGAGUGAAAAGGGAAGGAUAUUUGGUCUGGGGGCAGCUGCUGACUCUUUCUAUGAGAGACCCGGAGAUAGGAGAACCAAAAAAUCACGAACAAAUUAUGCGAUGGAACAAAAAAGGGAGCUUGAUGAAACUAAGGAGAACCUAGCUGAAACCCAAGAUAACCUUGCUGAAACUCAAAAAGCACUUGCCGAAACGCAAAGAAUUGUGGAGGAUCUUCAUGAACAAUUUCGACUUAUUGUGCAAGCCAACAAUCUCUCGACCACUCCUACUUCUACAUCCUUGUCUUGAGUUCCUCUUAUUUCGUAGAUGGAUGACUGCAACCUUGGAUUGAAGAUUGCUUUUUGGAUUGAAGGUGGAAUUUUUGUACAUGCUGUGAAGUCUGAUGUUAUUUUAUUUAGCAUGCAUAGUACUUAUGUUCUUCUAACAUAGGUCUCAAGGCAUUAUAUUUUGUAAUUAAAGGUACUAAUUGUUAACCUUAGUUAAUUAGAGGGGCUGUUUUUGCAUAGUGGUACCAGCUCCUCCACUUGUUGGCUACUUUCUAAGCUUAGUUAAUUAGAGGGGUUGCUUUUGUAGUACAUGAUGUUACUUUUGGAAAUACUUGAAAAAAUUCUGUUAACAUUAUCAAUUAUCAUUUUGUGA